AUGACUCUCAAAAUUAUCAGAACCAGUGCGCUGGUGUCUUCAAAUUACCAAAAACCAAAGUUUAAACUGAAUUGUGCUCAAGUUGAAUUGAAAAGACUGCAAAACGAAUACAAAAAAGCAAGAGAUGAUACUUCUCGAUCUCGUCUAAGAGAAACCAAUGCUGAGUUGGGUCGAGCAUCCAGAACGCUAAAUUCGACGUGGAUGCGAGCAAUGCGUCAGAAAGUGGUAUUGUAUACGGUUGGCGGUUGUUUUGUUGUGGCUGUUGUCGUUAGCAUAUAUUUAACAUAUUCCUCGAAUGCUCGAAAAGCCUAG